ACUUCUCAGUGCCUGUUUUAUCACCAGUUCUCUUGCAGGAAAAACCAACAGGGAGCUGAGGCUCACGGCUGGUGAAAACAACUGCAGUGGGAGAGUGGAAGUGAAAAUCCAGGAGGAGUGGGGGACCGUCUGCAGUAGCGGCUGGGGGGCAGAGGCCGUCUCUGUGAUCUGUCGGCAGCUGGGAUGUCCAACUGCCAUCAUGGCCACCGGAUGGGCUAAUUUCACAGCAGGCUCCGGACGCAUUUGGAUGGACCAUGUUUCUUGUCAAGGGAAUGAAUCAGCUCUUUGGGAUUGCAAACACGACGGGUGGGGAAAGCACAACUGCACUCACCAACAAGACGCCGGUGUGACCUGUUCAGAUGGAUCGGAUUUGGAGAUGAGAUUGAUGAAUGCAGGAAACCGGUGUUUGGGAAGAAUAGAGGUGAAAUUCCAAGGACGGUGGGGGACAGUGUGCGAUGAUAACUUCAACAUAGACCAUGCCACUGUGGUCUGUAAACAACUGGGGUGUGGAAGUGCUGUCAGUUUCUCGGGUUCAGCUAAUUUUGGAGAAGGUUCUGGACCAAUCUGGUUUGAUGACCUUGUAUGCAAUGGAAAUGAGUCAGCUCUCUGGAACUGCAAACACCAAGGAUGGGGAAAGCAUAACUGUGAUCAUGCGGAGGAUGCCGGAGUGAUUUGCUUAGACGGAGCAGAUCUGAGUCUGAGACUGGUGGAUGGAGUCUCCAACUGUUCAGGAAGAUUAGAAGUGAAAUUCCAAGGAGAAUGGGGGACGGUAUGUGAUGACGGCUGGGACAGUAGUGACGCUGCUGUAACGUGUAAGCACAUGGGAUGUCCGACUGCCGUCACCGCCACCGGCAGAGUUAAUGCCAGUGCGGGAUCUGGACACAUUUGGCUUGACAGCGUUUCCUGCCAGGGUGACGAAUCUGCUCUCUGGCAGUGUAGACACCGCGAAUGGGGAAAACAUUACUGCAAUCAUAAUGAAGAUGCUGGUGUGACGUGUUCAGAUGGGUCGGAUCUGGAGCUGAGACUGAAAGGUGGGGGCAGCCGCUGUGCUGGGACGGUGGAGGUGGAGAUUCAGAAGCUGGUAGGGAAGGUGUGUGACAGAGGCUGGGGCCUGAAAGAAGCCGAUGUGGUCUGCAAGCAGCUGGCAUGCGGCUCUGCCCUCCAGACUUCCUACCAAGGAUUCUCCAAAGUCAAGCCAACAAGCACAUGGCUGUUUUUAAGCAGCUGUCAUGGAAAUGAAACUUCUCUUUGGGACUGCCACAAUUGGCAAUGGGGUGGACUUUCCUGUGACCAUUACGAAGAAGCCAAAAUUACCUGCUCAGGCCACAGGGAACCCAGACUGGUUGGAGGGGACAUCCCCUGCUCUGGUCGUGUGGAAGUGAAGCAUGGAGACACGUGGGGCUCCGUCUGCGACUCUGAGUUCUCCCUGGAAGCGGCCAGUGUCGUGUGCAGGGAGUUACAGUGUGGCACUGUCGUCUCUAUCCUGGGGGGAGCUCACUUUGGAGAAGGAAGUGGACAGAUCUGGGCUGAAGAGUACCAGUGCGAGGGACACGAGUCCCACCUCGCACUCUGCAAAGUGGCGCCCCAGCCGGAUGCAACUUGCAGCCAUCGCAGGGACGUUGGAGUGAUCUGCUCAAGAUACACAGAAAUCCGCCUGGCGGAGGGCAAGUCCAAGUGUGAGGGAAGAGUGGAGCUCAAGAUGCUGGGGACCUGGGGAUCCCUCUGCAGCUCUCACUGGGACAUGGAAGACGCCCACGUGUUUUGCCAGCAGCUCAAGUGCGGAGUUGCCCUUUCCAUCUCAGGAGGAGCACAUUUUGGGAAAGGAAACGGCCAUGUCUGGAGGCACAUGUUUCACUGCACGGGGACGGAACAGCACAUAGGAGACUGUCCCAUCACCGCCCUGGGGGCACCCCCGUGCUCUGCAGGGCAAGUGGCCUCUGUAGUCUGCUCAGGAAACCAGUCCCAGACCCUGUCCCCAUGCAAUGCAUCGUCUCCGGAUCCCACCAGCUCUACCGUUCCAGAAGAAAGUGCCGUUCCCUGCAUAGCGAGUGGUCAAAUUCGCCUGGUAAACGGAGGAGGUCGCUGUGCCGGGAGAGUGGAGGUCUACCAUGAGGGCUCCUGGGGUACCAUCUGUGAUGACAGCUGGGACCUGAGUGACGCCCACGUGGUGUGCAGACAGCUGGGCUGUGGAGUGGCCAUUAAUGCCACUGGUUCUGCCCACUUUGGGGAAGGAACAGGGCCCAUCUGGCUGGAUGAGGUGAACUGUAAUGGAAAGGAAUCCCAUAUCUGGCAGUGCCACUCCCAUGGCUGGGGACGGCAGAAUUGCAGACACAAGGAGGAUGCGGGAGUCGUCUGCUCAGAGUUCAUGUCUCUGAGACUAACCAGUGAAACCAGCGAAAAGACCUGUGCAGGGCGCCUGGAAGUUUUCUACAAUGGAGUCUGGGGCAGCGUUGGCAGGAAUAACAUGUCUGCAAACACCGUGGGCGUGGUUUGCAGGCAGCUGGGCUGUGCAGACAAAGGGACCAUCAACCCUGCGUCUUUAGACAAGACCAAUUCCAGGCCUAUGUGGGUAGACAAUGUUCAGUGUCCAAAAGGACCAAAUGUGUUGUGGCAGUGCACGUCGGAUCCAUGGAAGCAGAGAUUGGCCAGCCCCUCAGAGGAGACCUGGAUCACGUGUGCCAACAAGAUCAGACUUGAAGAAGGAACUACCAAUUGUUCUGGACGUGUGGAGGUCUGGCACGGAGGAUCGUGGGGGACGGUGUGCGAUGACUCCUGGGACAUUGACGACGCUCAGGUGGUGUGCCGACAGCUGGGCUGCGGCUCAGCUCAGGAGGCGCUGAAAGAAGCAGCCUUUGGUCAGGGGACUGGACCCAUAUGGCUCAGUGAAAUGAAGUGCAAAGGAAAUGAGUCUUCCUUGUGGGAUUGCCCUGCCAGGCCCUGGGGGCACAGUGACUGUGGGCACAAGGAGGACGCUGCUGUGAGGUGCUCAGAGAUUCCAGAGAUCAAAGAACCACUAAAUACUGCAGGUCACAAGUUCCUUACUGCUUUCGGGAUCAUCCUGGGGAUCGUUCUGUCGGCUGGUCUCAUUGCAUUGCUCUUCUGGAUUCAGAAGCAAAGACAGAGGCAGCGGCUCACAGUUUUCUCAAGAGGAGAGAGUCGUGUCCACCAAAUUCAAUACCGGGAGAUGAAUUCUAGCCUCAAGGCGGAUGAUCUGGACCUGCUGAAUUCCUCAGGGGACCAUUCUGAGGCACACUGAAAAGGAAAAUGGGAACUUCUAACCCAGUGAGUUCAGCCUUUACGAUACCUUGACGAAGACCGGGCCGAAUGAUUGGAGCAAGAAUCCACCUCGUUCACUGAAAAUUACAGUGUGUUUCCAUAAAGCCCUUUGUCCUCUCAUAUUCCAAAGACUGCUGCUGAAUUUAUAAAAAUUAAGUUUGUGAAUGUGACUACUUAAUGGCGUGUAUAAGACUUUGAAAGGGAUUAAAUAGAAAAAAAAUUGCUGA